AUGCCUUCACGUUUAAAAAAACUUCUAUCACCAAUACCUAUAAUACUAAAUGAUGAAAAAAAUAUAAGUGAACUAACAAGACAAGUAAUUUUAUAUUUGAAUAAUAUUAAUAAUAAAGAAAAAAAAUCGAAUUUAAAAAAAUGUGUUGUCAAAGGUUUUUCACAUUUACCUGAAUGUCAAUAUGAAAAUGUUGUUGAUCAAUGUACAAAAUAUUUAGAAGAAUUUUUUAAAAGACAAGGAAAAGAACAUCGAAUUGAAUAUAUAUCUAUGUUAAAUUAUCUUAUGGAAAAUUUUCCAUUUGGUUUAAUUUGUGUUUUGAAAAUAAAAGAUACAAUUUCGAAUCAAUUGAUAACAAUUGCUCAAGAACUUUGGUCUGAUAUAAAGUAA